AUGACGUUUUGCUGCAGACAAAAGUUCGCGCAGAUGUUUGCAAAGUGCGAAGCCACUCAGUCCUGGUUAGAACAUGUGACAUAUCAGAUGAACAAGAUGUCCUAUGCCGAACAAGCCGAUCUAUUAGCCGGUCAGAUUGGUCUUUUGAAAGCAUAUUCAACUCGGGUUGCCCAUGAAGUUGCCGACGAAGCAGUCCAGAUCUUUGGAGGCCGAGGAAUUUCGGCUACCGGUAUGGGUCGAUUCGUUGAAAUGUUUCAACGCUCGUACAAAUUUGAUGCCGUCCUUGGUGGCUCCGAAGAGAUCCUCUUCGACCUGGGUGUCCGUCAAGCUAUGCGAAAAAUGCCGAAUGCGGUCUUAUGAAUCAAGAAGCAGUCCUCCUUUAUUUUUUUCGCGUAUAGCGAUGCUCGUGGCUGUUCAAAUUCCUUUUGCGUGUCCUUAACAUUGGCCAAUUAGUUGUGGGAAGGCGAAGAACCGAAAACACAAAUCCUUCAUUUUUUGAAAGUCGUGUAUGAUCAGUCCUUCUUUCUUUUUCGCCUUGUAUGUUAUUUUGUCAUUUUAAGAGUUUGAUGUGUUAUGGUAGUGAGCAGUAUUUGUUACGGUGGAUGUAUUUGUAUCAUCAGUACUAGUUAUCUCGCGUGGCUAUGAUUCUUUUGGGGAUCAGGGAGACUCAAGCAUGUUACAUUUCUUUUUAAAUUUAUCAUACAUGAUGGAAAGACAAUGUAUCACUUCAAGCAGGGAGUUUAAUGUUUAGUCAUCCGACCAUAAUCAAGUAUGUCAAAGUUCAUUUCAACAUCAUUCUUGACUCUCAUAUGUGUCAAUUAUCAGGUGACUGUUAUGUUCAAUG